AUGAUCUUGGUGACCUUCUCAAUGGGCAACCUCGUCGCGUCCGGUGCCGUGGCGUCCGGUGUCUGCAACUUUGGCUCCGGUGUCACGUGGGUCUCGAUCGCGGGUCCGAUGCAGGGCAGCAAGGCGGCCAACCUCCUUGAAGAGAAGUGCGCGUCGGGCGGUUGGGGCGCGGCGCUGCAAGGCAUUCUGGGUCUCAUUGGUUACUGCCCGGCGACCCCCGCGUACCUCAACAUGAAGACGCAAGACACGGUCAACAGCGGCCUUUACAACAGCUUUCUCGCGGCGCAAAACACGCGCAGCAAGGGCGUCAGCAAGGUCUUGUGCGGCGUCAAGUCGUCCGGUCUUGUCUCGACGGACGCUGUCGCGCUCUCGCUCGUGGGCCAAAUGGCCUGGAACAACGACGGCACGCUUCACGACGGCGUCGUCGCCUUCCCGAGCUGCAGCGUCGGGUUUGGCAACUUUGCGGACGACGCCGAGGCCGGUGCCAACUACAAGGCGAGCAUCAACCACCUCGACUCGAGCUUCCGCAACGGCGACGGCUGGUGGGGCGCCGACCGCAAGCCCGUCAAGUGGUUCGAGUGCGCACUCUAA